AUGAACCUGAUGCUUCAAGUCACCUUCCUGGGUCUCCUGUCCCUGCUGGUGCAGGGCUGGGUUCAGAACAGAUCCCUGCAGAGUGAGAGAUGGAGCCAGCUGGACCUGCCGCAGAACAGAGAGCUGUUCCUAAGUGCCCUGCAGAACUACUUCAGCAGCAGAGGGAUCCACAUCGAGAAGGCUGCGCCGGCCUUCGUGCUGUCCACGAGGAAUCGCAACCAGGGGGACCAGGAAGAACGAGAGCUGAUGGCCCCCGAGAGGGGGGGGCUCUCCGAGCUGGCCCUCCACGAGAUCCUGCUGGUUAAAGAUCUCGGGCACGGAGAGAACGAAGAGGAAAAGAUCAGCUCCUCCAGCAUCCGGCAGAGGCUGCUUGGAACGCUGCUGCAGCUGCCACAGAAAGACCCAGCCCAGCCUUCUCGUCCCUACGUGAUCGGUCUGACUGGAGGAACUGGAAGUGGGAAAAGUUCCAUUGCCAGACACUUGGAACGCCUAGGAGCUUUCCUCAUCGAUGUUGACAAACUGGGCCACGAAGCCUAUGCCCCAGGUGGCCCUGCAUAUGAGCAGGUGGUGGAGGAGUUUGGAAAAGACAUUUUGAAUGAAGAUGGGACAAUUAACAGGAAAAUCCUUGGGGCCAAAGUGUUUGGAAACCAGGAGCGGUUAAAGUGUCUCACGGACAUCGUGUGGCCUGUGAUUGCAAAGAUGACGAAGAGGCAGCUGAAGGAAGCAGCAGACCAGGGUAAAGUGGUGUGUGUGCUGGAUGUUGCCGUGCUGCUGGAGGCUGGCUGGACAGACAUGGUCCAUGAGGUCUGGAUGGCCAGCGUCCCGGAGAAGGAGGCCCUGCGCCGCAUCGUGGCCAGAGACGGGCUGAGUGAGGAGGCUGCUCGCAACAGACUGCAGAGCCAGCUGAGCACCACCCAGAGGGUGACGCAGUCCCAUGUUGUGCUGUGCACCCUCUGGGAGCCGGAGGCUACCCAGAAGCAGGUGGAGAAGGCCUGGGCCCUCCUGCAGCAGCGCAUCGCCCAAGACUAGAGUCUUGGGACCUGGUGGUUUUUCCCAUCACUCCCGUCUCAUCUUCAUGCACAGCCAGACUGGGAAUCCCAGCACUGCUGGGCC